AUGCAAGCCGAACUCGAAGGUGUAAGAAUGAAUGCUAAGAAAGAGCGAGCAGCUCAAGCGGAGGAGCGACGAAAAUUGGAAAAACAACAGCGAGAACAAUAUGCACAACAUCAACAACAGCUAGCAGCUGAAGCGGAGAAACGACAAAAAUUGGAAAAACAACAGCAAGAACAAUAUGCUCAACAUCAACAACAGCUAGCAACUGAAGCCGAGGAGCGACGAAAGUUGCAAAAACAACAGCGAGAACAACAUGCACAACAUCAACAACAGCUGGCAGCUCAAGCGGAGGAGCGACGAAAACUGGAAAAACAGCAGCGAGAACAAUAUGCACACCAUCAACAACAGCUGGCAGCUCAAGCGGAGGAGCGACGAAAACUGGAAAAACAGCAGCGAGAACAAUAUGCACACCAUCAACAACAGCUGGCAGCUGAAGCGGAGAAACGACAAAAAUUGGAAAAACAACAGCUAGAACAAUAUGCACAAUAUCAACAACAAUAUACACAACAUCAACAACAGCUAGCAGCUCAAGCGGAGGAGCGACGAAAACUGGAAAAACAGCAGCGAGAACAAUAUGCACAACAUCAACAACAGCUGGCAGCUGAAGCGGAGAAACGACAAAAAUUGGAAAAACAACAGCUAGAACAAUAUGCACAAUAUCAACAACAAUAUACACAACAUCAACUACAGCUAGCAGCUGAAGCCAAGGAGCGAAAACAAAAAGGGGAUAUUUCUGUUCGUCUUGCUACUGAUGUUGUUGCUGCUCCUGUUUCUACUGUUGUUGGUGCUGUUCGUGGUACUGUUACUGGUGUUAAAACUAUUGUUGAUCCUUUAAGUGAAUUUAUUGCCGAUUCUGAUCAUAAAGCUAUUCUUCGUGCUGCAGCUGUUCCUGUUGCUGUUGCUGGUGGUAUUGUUGGCGGUGCUCUUUCUGGCGGUGCUUUAAACGUGAUAAAGUUAUCUUACCUUCUUCAUCGGAAAUUGUGUAAAGAUUGA